AUGACCACGUCGACUCAGCCCUCGCACUUCACCGCCGAGGAGUCGCAGUGGUCAUCAGGCGGUGGCAAUAGCUGCGGCAGUGCCAACACCAGUCUCACCUCAUCGGCGUCAUUCGCUAUGGACAGUCUGGCAGAGAGCUCACAGGGCUCCACAGCGGGCGAGCUGUCCAACCAACACCAGCAUCAACACCAACUUCAGCAGCACAUCGAAGAGCCGAAGCGCUCCUACAGCUCGUGUGCUUUAUCUCUAUCCUCUGACACUGAUAUGAUGAUUGGCUUUGAGCGAAAACCCUACCGACCGUUCCGAUCAAAUGAAGAGUACCUGAUUGCGAUGAAGGAAGAUUUGGCAGAAUGGUUAAACACACUCUACACUUUGGACAUUACUGCGGACAACUUCCUUAAUCGACUCGAAACUGGCGUCAUCCUCUGCAGACAUGCCAACUCAGUGCUCCGAACUGCUCGCGAAUGGAAGGAGCACAAUGCUGACUUUUCUGCCCUCACAAAUCUCGUCCUCACUGUCGUGGACCUCCACCGAGAUGUGCCGGUUAAGGUGAACGCCGCUCCUGGGACGUUUCAGGCUCGAGACAACGUGGCCAAUUUUAUCGAUUGGUGUCGUCGAAUUCACAUAAAAGAGUGCCUUCUCUUUGAAACUGAAGACUUGGUGGCGCGCAAAAAUGAAAUUAAUUUUGUUCUCUGCCUGCUCGAAGUUGCCCGUUACGGCGCUAAAUUCGGUCUACUUGCGCCGACACUAGUUCAGUUCGAGCAGGAAAUCGAUCAAGAGCUUGAAAAGGAUCAACAGGAAUCGAUGACAAAGCGAACCCUGCUGCCGCCUACUGAUGUUUCUGCCUUACUCGGCGACAGUGAACUGAUCUUUGACGACACACCUCAGCCGCAAAUAACCAACAAUGAUCUCGAGUCGCUCCAUGAAAAGGUUGUCAAUCUGCUCUCUCGCUGCACUUGUCCUGUGCAGUUUUACUUGGAACAUCUCUCAGAGGGAAAGUACCGAAUCGGUGAUACUCGAACGCUCAUUUUCGUUCGGAUAUUGCGUAAUCAUGUGAUGGUUCGGGUCGGCGGCGGAUGGGACACUUUGGAACACUACUUGGAGAAGCAUGAUCCUUGUCGAUGCCGAUUCGCGCAUCGUUCAACUAGCGCAGNUCGAUUCGCGCAUCGUUCAACUAGCGCAGCUCGUAUCACCUUUAAUAGUGGACAGGUUAAGAACCCACAGAUGCAGGUCACAUUUGAAAGACCUGAAAACUCAUGUUCUCAACCUCGACGUUCAGUGGUUUCGAUUAACUCAUCGCCUUCUGCCACUCGAAGGGCUUUAGGCCGAGCUGGUGCCAUAACACCCAGUUCUACGAGUUCAGUUGAUCUGUCGACAAUUCGCCGUUCCUCCACCUCGUCAAAUGACUCUGCCACUUCAAUGUGCUCCGGUUCACUCGCCUCUGCCAGUCACGCUGAUUCCUUGGUCUCCUCAGAACACUCUUCACUCUCGAGCAGCAACUCUCUAGGCAGCUACCAGGCGCCAACUGUUUUGCCAGACCGCAACAACAACAUCAAAGAUCUAGAAACAGCCAACAAUGUUGCUAAUACUAACGGUUCUAAGGCUCCAGCAAUACCUCAUCCAAAACCAAGUCCAAAGAAACGAGUUCUUGCAACUCCUGAUCAGUCUUCCCGAAUUCCUAAGUCAAAAAUUGGUAGUGGCAGCAGCAGUAGCAUUUCAAUGAGAACGGGCAUGAAUAGUUGCUACUCAGCUAACUCGUCAAGAAGCAGUUCCUCUUUGACAAGUGCUCAUAAACUAAAGUCUACCUCUACGCUAGCAAUACCGCAGCUAAGUUCGUCCACCACAAAGAUUCCCUGUUUAGAUGCCACCAAUAAGCCUCGACACAGUCUUUCCAGCCGAUACUCGAGUCAUAAUAUUUACCUGGCGGUUGCAGAGGAGGCAUCUGAUGGAAAGCAUGCAAGCAAACGACUGUUUCCUGUCACUGGCGCCUCAGCUCCUGCCAAACAGCGAUCUCGAGUUAACGGAAUGAACGGUAACCUAAACAAUCGAACAAAGCAAAAGUCGAGUCUAGAAUUGAAUGUGGGAAACGAAAACUUUUUCUCACUCUCUUCAAUUGACAAGUCAAAUCACUCUGAAUCGCAACAAUCAGUGCCAAACAAAACACCGAAGACUCCUCAUCAGCAGCCACAGCAGCAGCAGCAGCAAAAUCGCCGACAGCAUUCUUCAUCCAGUCUGCCAAGGGUCAGCAAGUCAGCACACAGUUCGCCGUACUUGAAACGGCGCGAAUUGACCAUUAGUCCUACCACUUCUAAUGGGGUAAUGGGAAAGCCAAGCAGCGGAUGUAGUGCCGGUGCUGGUUCGGCUGUUAGCAAGAUUGCACCCCUUUCCAAGCUGGACUCUGCAAAGAGAUUUCAAGGGAGUGCCACUAGUCUCAACUCAACUGCGUCAACAGCCUCAGGUAGCACGAACAGCAGCAGCAGCAGUCUGCACACCAGUGUGCCUUCUGCAGAGACUAGCACGGAUUUGCAGCAGCAGCAGCAGCAGACUUUGCCUAAAGUGACCAGUGCCAUUGCUGGUGCGGUGGGUGGCAGUUCUUUUCUCGAGCCAAAGAAGCCUUUCAUGAGCACUGACACGACGCCGUCUACCCUGGUUGAAGUGUGCUCCUGGUUGGAGCGAAACCACCUGGCCUCCAGCUAA